AUGGAUGCUCCUGCUCGCAAACAAACGCGGGGCAAGAGCUUUCUCACCCGUAAGGCCACCAAGAAACAUGAAGAACCCCAUGCGCAAAAUGGCCAUGCUACCCGCAGCGCCAGUAUGGACACGCAGGAGAGGGAUCCCGAGGCGGCGCGUCCCACCUUCAAGCCUUUCGCAAUCUCCAUCAUCCCAGAUCCAUUGAACGAGCUCCCUACCUGGUACCACCGUGAAGUCGAGACCGCGACCGCGUCCGCUGCACAGUUUCGUGUCAAAUACCCCCUUCACAACCCUUCUGGUCCACGCUGGUAUCGUAAUCACCACCUGCUUCCUCCGACAGUCGAUGGCAGACCGCCGUCGGUGUUCUCCCCUUCAUUUCCGCCCAUGGCGUCCGCGCCCGAGCGCGGUCAGGAUCCGUCGGGCAUGGCAGGCCCGAGUAGGACUCCAUCAGGGUCGCCUCUGCCCACUCCAUCAUCUUCGCAGAUACGCAUACAGGAACCCUUCCAUCCACGCGUGAGAAAGGUUUCCCAGACCACUAACCAAGGAGUGGAUUUGGCGAAUGGAGCGGAUCCCAACAGUCCAGAUGGGAACCAUCAUUCACCAUAUGACCCGCCAGAGAGUCCCACCAGCCCAGGCCCCACGACGCCGAAUUAUUUCAACUAUCGUCCUCGGCGGUCAAGCAUGACCCAUGGCAAUCGUCAUCGGACCACUGCGCCUUCCCCAUUGUCACAAUCUACUUCCGCGGUGCACUUACACGCCAUAGAUCCUGCGCAAAUACAGCUGCCUCGAAAGUUGAGCAAACGGCGCAAGCCGUUUCAUGAUUUGUUUAGCGGUCCUGGGGUGGACGGCGAUAGCUUACAGGCGAAGGAUCUUCGCCGCCAGUCAGCCAUGGCGCCUUCUAUGACGUCGCUUCCUUCGCUGCAGCCGUCUUUGCAGAAGUCCAGACGAGGAAGCGUUCUGGGACGCCUUGUCAAGAGGUUCAGCGUACUGCGGAAGGCGGACAAGCGCACGACGCAGAACGGUUUGGGGAGCGAGUGGCAGCAUCAAAGCAGUCUGGAGACAGGUCGGACGCAAUCGCCCAUUAGCCCGCAGGCUCCGAUGACGCGACAGCGAACUUCGUCUCAUAUAUCAAAGUCUCCAGAGCCUCCCAAGCGUGUCCCGCCACCCUCUAUAGAGGCUGUCCCAGACGCACGCGCACCGGGAACUGAAGGGCGACGUUCAUCUGAGUCGUUAUCCGUUCUGGAGAUGCCCACGUCCGGUAGGCUGACGGUAGCCAACCCUGACGACCCAUCUAGUUCAGGUGAACACACGCCCGUGCAAGCGGCGGCGUCUCUUCCAGAGCCAGGGACACCAACUACUCCACCCCCGGGCCCCGCCUCCGAGAAAGACUUGCCGUUACCUGAUAUUCCGAGGACAGAGUCUCCAUUACCCAUCAGCCCUCAAAUCAAGCGUUACACGCUAACGGACCCUCCUGUACAAGCGCCCUCUCCCCCUUCUUCACCGCCCUUGCCUGACCUUCCUCCACCCACUCCUGCCCAAGCACUGCAAUCUCUCACUGAGGUCAGUGAACCGGAUAGCUCCCCUUCGCCGUCGACUGUCGUGCUGCCCGCCUCACCACGUCUCAACGGCCAUGAGAGGCAUUCAGUUGCGGCGACAUCUCAAGCUUCCACCGUUGGCCCUCUUCCGCUGGCGUCACCGGAGGAGAUCGCCUUGGCGCGCGCAUCUAUGUUUGUUAACCCUCCCACGCCGUAUGCCGCCCCGGCUCAUCUCGUCAUGCCUCCCUCUGUGGUUGAGGUCCAAGAGCCGGCGCGGUCGAGUAGCAAGCGCGCUGACCGUUCUCCCACCAAGGCGGGAGUCGAUCGCUCUCCCACCAAGUCAAAGGAUACCUCACGUUCUAAGUCCAUCCGUGAGACGGAGACGUUCAAGCUCGUUCGCAGCGCCUCGGGCACGAUGCAGCAAGCGGAGGUCAUCAUGGGUAUGGGUGAGCAGUGGGAAUUGGUCGGUGCGUCCUCGGAGUCUCCCAAGAAGUCUUCGAAGUCGAAGGACAAGGAGAGGGAGAGGGAGAAGGACAAAGAGAGGGCGAAGGAGAAGGCCAAGUCUUCUGACCAUGACCGUGAACAUGCAGCUCAGCGUGAAGACAGUAGGCGCCACCGGGACCGCAGCAGUAGCGAGGAUGGCGAAUCACGGCACAAAAGGCACCCGUCAGUGAGCGGGCGAGACAAGCCUCCCUCUGUCAAUACCGUUCGUUCAACUCAGACCCCUGUCUCCUCACGUCGUAGCGUCAAGAAGCCGAGCGAACAUGAGGAGAGCAGGUCGGUUAAGGCGACCAGCGCCAUCCCCGUCAUCGCUGUGUCACCGGUUCAGGCCCAUGAGCAGCACCACCGUGAGCACCAUCUUUCCACGACCCCGUCUGCUCCCAGACCCACGUCUGAGUUGCAUAGCGCUGCGGAUUGGUCGUCCGUGAGGGCCAAGGACGCUUGGGAGAUGGAGAGGCUCUGGAAGGCCCGCAGCAUGGCCUACGGCCCGGACGGCAUCCCCAUCGUCUCUACCCCGGCGACGAUCGGGAGUGACUCUCGCCCAUCGACGUUCAUCAGCACCGAGUUGCAGCGGGUGACCUCCAUCCCGAGCGUUGCCGCCGUCGCGGAGAUGCAGAAGCCGUCCAGCGCGCCCCCGAUCGCCCAGUCGUACGGCUCCAGCCACACGUACAUGGUCGUGCAGACGCCUUACCAGGUGGCCCAAGGACACCCUCCUUACAGCCCGUAUACGUCACCCCCUCCGCAGAACCUCGCGAUGUCUCCUGCGCAACAAUUCUACAGACACGCGCCGUACAGCUCGCCUGAACCCCUUUCGCACAACCCCCUCCCGAAUCCCCCUCGCCUCUCAGCGUAUCAGCCGUCUCCAGUGUCCAUGACGCUAGCCAAUCCCCUUCCAGAUCCUCCUCGUCUGUCGUCGUACACGCCCGCGCCCCUCCCAGCGUCAUUGGCGAAUGGAAACGGCUCUCCCACUGGCUGGAGCCACUCGAACACGCACUAA